GCAGAGUGCUGUGUUGCUCUCGUCUCCGGAUGAACAGAAAUGGGGGAAUGGACCAUCCUAGAGAGGCUCCUGGAGGCUGCUGUCCAGCAGCACUCCACUAUGAUAGGAAGGAUCCUAUUAACAGUGGUGGUGAUCUUCCGGAUUCUAAUCGUAGCGAUAGUUGGAGAGACAGUCUAUGAUGAUGAGCAAACCAUGUUUGUGUGCAAUACAUUACAACCUGGUUGUAACCAGGCAUGCUACGACAAGGCAUUCCCGAUUUCCCACAUCCGAUACUGGGUGUUUCAGAUCAUUAUGGUUUGCACCCCAAGUCUCUGUUUUAUUACUUACUCUGUCCAUCAGUCUGCAAAAAAGGAGCGCAGAUAUUCCACUGUGUUUCUAACGUUGGAUAAGGAGGAUCCAUUGAAGCGCGACGACAGCAAAAAGAUUAAAAACACAAUUGUUAAUGGAGUACUUCAGAACACAGAAAACUCAACCAAAGAAGCCGAGCCCGAGUGUUUGGAAGUCAAAGAGAUACCAAAUCCGGCCAUGAGAACUACUAAAUCGAAAAUGAGGCGGCAAGAAGGCAUCGGCAGAUUUUACAUAAUCCAAGUGGUUUUCAGAAACGCUCUGGAGAUUGGGUUUUUAGUGGGUCAAUAUUUCCUUUACGGAUUCAACGUGCCCUCAGUGUACGAGUGUGAUCGAUACCCCUGCAUAAAAGAUGUCGAGUGCUAUGUUUCCAGACCAACGGAGAAGACCGUGUUUUUGGUCUUCAUGUUUGCGGUCAGUGGGUUUUGCGUGGUGCUGAAUUUAGCAGAACUCAAUCAUUUGGGAUGGAGGAAAAUCAAAACGGCGGUGAGAGGCGUUCAGGCCAGGAGGAAGUCAAUUUAUGAAAUUAGGAAUAAAGACUUGCCGAGAAUGGGUGUACCGAAUUUCGGUCGCACUCAGUCAAGUGACUCCGCGUAUGUGUAGCACAAAGCCGCAAAUGGGACUGUGUAUGAUGUACAAAGAUAAGACGAAGAUUAUAAUGUAAUGGACAAUAUCACUCGCCAGAUACGUUUCAUGAAUUAGGCGAGUGGAUGUAUUUUUAUCCAUUCGUUUUUUUGUUUUUGUUUUUUUAUUUAUUUUGUUUGUUUUGUUAUUUUUAUUUCUUUUUUAUUUUUAGACUAUAAACAAACGUGCAUUACACGUUUGACGAAUAAUUUAUUAUAUUGCACUGAUGCAACUUUUUAGUAACAUUUAUACUCUGGAAAACGCUAAAAAGUACGCACAUGAAGGUGUUCACGUACUUACUCGUUGUAGGCUGCACAGCCGAUCUAGGAACUUGAAGAGUAAAUAGGCCUACAGAUUGCACUAAGUUGUGAACACCGGGAGCCAUACGUCCCCAAUAUGUGCUGUUGACGGUGUUUUUUAGACCUUUUCCACCGAUUUUACACAUCAUUCUAUUCAAGAGACACAAUACACAUUAGUUAUGUCUGAAAUACAAUCUGUACUUCAGAUUUAUAAAUAAAUAUAUGAAUCAAUUCUAACUAUGGAUCGACCUAGUUCAAAUACAUUAGCAUUCUACAUGUUUUUGUUGCCUGUUUUCGCACCACUGACCUUAACGUAUGUAAUCAUUCCAUUGCUAUAUAGCCGAAUUGCAAAACAGUAUCGGGUGGAUUUGCUGCAAACGCUAACGUCUGUGACAUCCUUAAUUUAUUAUACACCAAAGCGUCCACUGCUCUCAUUUGUGAAAAGUGUUUUCUUGCUUUCGUGUAAUCAAGUGCCAUACUUGUACAUAAACAUAUAUAUAUAAAUAUAUACGAACAUAUAAAUAUAUAAAUAUAAUAUAAUCUUCAUCAUUAAGCGAAUUCCCUGCUUGGAUUAUGCUAAAUGCUGCCCUAUUUUUGCUUUAAUUGUAUUUGUUGUGAUUUAAAGGAAAAUGCUAUCUUAAUAAUUCUCUCUCUCUCUCUCUCUCUCUCUCUCUCUCUCUCUCUCUCUCUCUCUCUCUCUCUCUCUCUCUCUCUCUCUCUCACUCUUUCUCUAUAUUUCUCUCAUACACACUCUCUCUAUUUCUCUCUUUCUCUCUCUCUCACACUCUCUAUCUCUCUCUCACACACUGUCUCUCUCUCACACACACGCACACACACACACACAUACACCUCUGUUUUGCAGAUAUACGAGG